AUGCCAGAACUGGUCCUCACUUCACUCAUGACGCUCUCCCCUGAGUCAUUGUCAGCCACCAUCGACUUCUCCAGCUUGUCCUUCGCCUGUUCAAUCAAACACAACUCUUCUCAUCUCCGCCAUUAUGUAGUCAUGGUGAGAGAGAUCUACGAAGAGGGAAGCUUCUGGGAGAGAAAAACGCCUCUCUCUCUCUCACCAGCUUGACGAGGUGAUCGCAUUCGGCAUCAGAGAGAAAUCCAUGAUACAAGAAAGCCCUGCAGAAACCACAAGCAGAACCCAGUUAGCAUCGCGGCGCACAAGAGAAUCACGAAGGGAAUGAAUUGGACUCAGAAUGAGCAUCAUCGCGGGAGAAAUCAGGGGGGAGGAUGAAGAUCGACCGGGGGUUCCAGGAGAGCUGGGUGACGCGCCUGAGGUCGAUCCCCCUGGACGUACAGCAACAAAAUAACCAACCGGCCAUCAGCCCUAGCUAGAAAACCAGAAGAUACACAGGCAGAAUCGGAACACAAAAAAAAAAAAUUCGAUCGCGCUGUGCCGAAGUCCUGAAGGAAAAACGAUCACGGUGGGUACCCCAUUCGCUCCUCGCCACGCCAUUGCUGGAUAUCGAUUGUCGACUCGGAGAGAAGAGGCAACGCAGCCACCGACACCAGGAAGAGGACCGCGAGGAGGGAGGAGCGAGGAAGCAGCAGAGAGGAGUCCAUCGCCGGUCUGGGCCGCCGUCGUCGCCGGAGAAGGAGAAGAAAUUCCUAGAUCCGUCUAGAAUAACAACCCCUGUCUCGUACAGUGGAAGCUCAAAGUAAACGGGGAGUUAGUCUUCCCGCUUGCCUCGGUCUCAUCCGAUGCACAGCGCCACGCACCACUGGGUCCGCUUUCCUGAAACAAAUUUCAAAGCCACAUAACUCUCAUAAAGUUUCUGUUCAUCGACUAGGUCCAUUGGAUACAUCGAAAUCAGGGCUCGCACGGAGGUUGUGAGAAGCACUUCUGGCCUCUGAAACCUUCUUCCCCUUGCGUUACGGAAAACGUUCUACUGACAGAAACUUUCACAAGGGCCGGAAAUAGGCCCGAAAUAUGGGUUUUGGGCCUGAGAGUGUAGAAUUCCGGGUCCGGCCCGAAAAAUUAAGCCCCCACCCGCAAGAUUCCUAGAGAGAGAGAGAGAGAGAGAGAUAGAGGCAGAGGUAUAGACAGGCUUCAUGAUUUUCUAGGGCACCCAAGAUAAGGAGUGGGCCCAUUAAACUUUUGACCUUCUUAUUAACCUUUAUUGGGUCAGGGCUAAUCAACCCAUUAAAAAACCUGAAGUAUAUGCAUACGAAAUAUAUUGUGAACGUUAAAAGCUAGUCUGUAGACUAACCUCAACACUACUUGUAGUAAGGAAGUCAAUUGUUAUGCAUGAAAUCUUUGUUGAGUGCUUUGUGUUUUAAUCCCCAAUGAACCCAAGUAUGACCAGAGUGGAUAUAAAGACCCUACUAACUCCAUUACUAAAAUAAAAUUUAUUUUAUUUUAUUAGCACUCAAAAUAAAAUUUCUAAUUUUAAUAUAUAUAUAUAUAUUCAUAUAUAGAUAUUUGUUAUACUUUCUAUUUAUUCACUCAAGGUAGCCUAAUUAAUAAGUCAAAGGAGAUAGAGACAUGUGAAAUUUUAGUUUUAUAGUUGUCAAGUCGAAUUCUUUUGACCUACAUCUACUUUCAAAGUCACAACCUCAAUUUUACUAUUUCAGUCCCUAGAAUACAUCUUAUUUUCUUGACCCUUCAUAAAACCAAAGUUCCCUAGCUGGAAACCAGACAAUACACAAGCAGAAUCAGAACAACAAAACAAAAAUUCGAUCGCACUGUGUCAAAGUCCUGAAGGAAAAACAAUCACGGUGGGUACCCGCAUUCGCUACGUGCCACGCCAUUGCUGGCUCUCGACUGUCGACCCGGAGAGAAGAGGCAACACCGCCACUGACACCAAGAAGAGGACUGCGAGGAGGGAGGAGCGAGGAAGCAGCAAAGAGGAGUCCAUCGCCGGUCUCUGCGGCCGUCAUCGCCGAAGAAAGAGAAGAAAUUCCGGUAGACCCUUGGAGGUCCUCCAUGUGCUUGGGAAGGUCAAAACCACGUACUGGACGCCUUGUUUCAACUACUAUCACCCAAUCAUUUACUCAAGAGAACGUGGGACAUAUUAUGCCUGAUCGCGAGUAACAGUUCAUAUUAUUAUCACUUAUAUAAGAAAAGAAUGGGAAGAAGAAGAAGGGGGGGAGUUCAUCAUCUGGGGUCAUAAUCCCCUAAGUGCUUCACGAGAGAUUGUCACCGUUCACAAGUCUUGUUGUGUUACAGAGUUUCGUGAGUUAUUGUGAUCCAUUUGUCUCUCUCUUCUCACAAACUCAUUAUGAGGGAGAAAUAGUAAGAGUCUGAGUCAUCAGUAGACAAUAUUGAGUUAUUAUUCAAUCAUUAUUUAUUUCAUGUACAAUUGUACCAUCUCAAUACGUUAUUUGAUAUUCCAUUCUCUCAUCUACUCAAUAUGAGGCCGGUUAUUUCUCUUCAAUAUCAUAUCACUUGAAUGUUCAAAGAGUUCUUUGUCAAUUGAAAGUCAAAAGAGGAUCAAUAUAAAUUAGGUUAUUAUCAUUUGGCAUCAAAGCCAAACAUUCUAAUUUCAAUCAGAUUCACAUGUUUGACAGAGUAAAAAAAGAUCUAAAAUAACUUUAUGAUUAAUUUUAUCAUAUUCUUGAUUUGGAAUCACAAAUGGAACAAUGAUUUGAGGUCACAUGUGGCAUUCUUGUCAUGAUCAUACUUACCCUCCAAUAGUUAACUUCUAGGCAACAAAGUUCUGACAUUCUAUCUUGGUUUGCCCAACUCAUCUCCGUCUCACCAAUGCAUGACCAAACUAUGCUGGAGUUUUUCACUAAUUACUUCUCACCCAAGUGCAUUGAACCACAAAAAAUACUUAAUAGAACCUUCCUUGGACACUCAACGCCUUAAGCUUUCAGUCUUGUUUGGACCAAAUCCACAAGGAUGCCUAUAUUGCAUUAAGAUAUUCUUUCCUUUCAUCCACAACAAGACAACUAAAACUGUGAUGGUUGGUAUCAACUUCCAUGACUAAGCAUUACAUUAGUUUCAAUGAGAUGAGCACCAUGUUCCUUUCUCUAAAUGGCAAGAUCUUUACAUUCACUUGCUUAUCCACCUUGGUUCCUCCUCUCACACAAACAUGCCCAAGUAAUUAUUUAACCUCCAACAAGUUACCAUGAUUGAAGAUUAUCAUAGAGAUUUUGAGAUUAUAUUUAGCUUAGUGACAGAUCUCUUACUAAAUGUUCAAAAUAUUAUUUUUUAAAAAAGAUUCAAACUUGAGAUAUGUGCAAAAAUUUCUCUCCACACCUUGAUGAACCUUCAUCAAAUCAUGCAAGUAGCUUAACUUAUGGAAGAACAAAAAAAAUUCUUCUAAUAACAUACUCAUCAUCUAUUGCAUUCAUCUACCUCAAGUUCUUUACUUUAUUGUGAAGGCUAUCCAUCAAUGUCUCCUAGUCAACCUAUUGAUGCAUGAUUAAUGCAUCCAUUUAUUCCUAUGAGACAAACACCUUCUUGACAUCUCUUUCAUCUCAUUGAGUGGAAUAUCAUGAGACACCUUCUAGGGGCCCUUGUUUUGCUUGUAACAAUCUCUUUACUCUCAAAUAUAAAUGUCAAAAGUAAUUUUUCAUCUUAUUAUUUCAGAUGAUGAGAUGUAUCUAAAGGCUAAUGACAAUUGGUCGACCACCUUCUCCAGAGGAACUUUCAUCAAACAUGCAUCUAAGAACUCCAUUGAACUCUUGAUGAAUGAUGUUCUUAGUUUUCCAGCCUCAACAUUAUAAAGUUGUGCAGGCAACUUUUACUCAAGGAUAUUGUCAUACUCAUCAAUUCUAGCACGACACUAUUUUAUAUUCACAUAACUUAUAUAAGAACUAACUAUCAUCAUUCAAUCUAUUCAUUCAACAUUGUCACUAGCACCAACACCUUUAUAUCAACAAGGAUCUUUGUCCUUGUGUCUUCACUCAACUUCAAGCCCUUAUCAUUCGAGAAAACUUUCUUUCCCUCCACCUUGACAAUUUAGACUACAUUCUAGGCAAGCAAUGGAUUUGCACCUUUGUCAAGGUGGAAUCUAAUUAUCAAAACUUAAGCAUGAAAACUAGUCAAAAUUUAAAAUGAGACAUUAGUCUAAGUUUGAAAUUUCAUUCAAAUCUAUGAUCUGUGAACUUCAACACAAUCUUAAGAUUCUCAUUGAAUUCUAUCAAUUGACGACCAGCCUCUCUUCCAACUUAGACGACUAAGUGUUGCCCACGUUAUAGUUAUCACAUCAUACGUAAUUCUUGUCUUCCUUUUUUCCACAGGUCUUUGAAGCUCCACAUGAGCUUUCCCCCCAACAAAUUGUUGACCAUGUCAUGAACUUACUUUUUGACUCUUUUCUAGUGAUUGUGAAGCCAUAUUGUUACUCCCAUAUUCAAAAGAUAAAAAUUAAAUAAUUUAUCAAAGAAAUGUGCCAAGAAGAAAUUAUGCAGCCAUUCACUAGUUCAUUCUCUAACCUAGUUCUUUUAAUAAACAAGAAAAAUGACAGUUAGUGUUUCCACAUACAUUAUCAUCUGUUGAAUUAGAUAACAAUUUCAAUUCAUUUUUUGAUUACCAUUAUGGAUGAGAUGUUAGAUGAACUACAUGGUGCGAUGUUUUUUCUAAGUUAAAUUUGAAAUAUAAUUAUCAUCAAGUUCGCAUGUAAUAGGGAGACAUUCCAAAUACUAUUUUUUAAACUCCUCAUAGCCACAUAAGUUUUAGUCAUGCUGCUUAAAUUGUCGAAUGUCUCAGUAACACUAUAGUUACUCAUGAAUCAUAAUUUUCGUAAUUAUUUAUGUCAAUUUGUGGUUUCUUUUUAUGAUAUCUUUAUAUACAGUCAAGAUAUGUUUUCACAUUGCUAAUAUUUACAUCAAGUCUUCAUAUGUUGCAAGUUAAUUAUCUUCAUAUCCAUACAAAGAAGUACUAAUAUAGCCCAGCAAACUUUAUAGAUUUUUGAGACUCACAAGGUAUUACUACCUUUUCGUACGAAAUUAUGAGUCACUUGUUUAGUUCCUUACCCAACUCAAGAAUGAUAUCUAUCAAUGGACUAAUACAACUACUUCAACUUUCAAAUAAGUUAAACUCGUUCUCUUUUCUACUCAUGUUUUGGCAUUAGCUAUUUUUUUUAUACUAUUUACGUUAGAGCCCGAUAUCUUAAACAAGGUGAUGAAAGUUAUUCUUAUGUAACAUCCACACCUUAUUACUUAUUUUAGUAAAGCAUUGGUGUCCCAAUAAUGACUUAAAAUAAUAUAUGAACCAAAAAUAAUGACAAUUAUUAUGUUUAUAAAAGAAUGAUGUCAUUUAUUAUUGAGAAGGUCACUUAUCAUUUACAUAGAUUAAAAGAGUUUGAAAUUUUUACUUGAGUAGUGACAAGUGACUCUUAAAUGUCAACAUUAAUUGAUUAAAAUGUUAAGUUAUGAAUUCAUUAUUAAAUUCAAUUUAGAGAUUGAGACUAAAGCAGCAUAUGCCUUCUCCCAAGUGUCUCACUAUUCUUCAUUUAUUCUUCUUUCCUACAUAUCCUCUCCCUAGAACAACUUCAAGCAAACCUUCAUAUCAUUCAAAAAUCAGACAUUAUGUUUGACCUCUAAAACCACUCUUGUGACUGACUAUAAUACUCGAUAUAUGAUCAUUUUUAUUUUACAAAGAGUGUUUAUUUAUUCUAACUAGGUAUGUUGUCAUUCAAAUUAUCCUACAAGAGAUCACAACAAUACUUUAAGCAAACAUUUAAGCUUUCCUUAUACUUAUAAAUAAAUCCAUCACAAAUUUUUUUGGUAGGGGACGAAGUCUUCUAUCAAAUGGUGUGUGACCUCUUAUUCUAUUUUUCAACAUAACAAAUAUGAAGCAUUAUCCCCCAUAUAUCUCAUACAAUCAUUAUAGAUCCCUUAGUAAAUCUAAGAUGAUAUCUCUUUAGACUUCAUCGCCAGCUUAUCACAUUAUAAUGAGUUCAAUUCUUUGCUAGAUAUUAUUGACAAGUUGAGUAAAUUCACAUAUUUCUCACUAUUGUGUCACCCUUAUUCCACACCUAAUGUUAUUGUUGUGCUUUUAUGAGAUGUAGUCAAGUUGCAUGACUUCUCACUCACUAUCAUUUUAGACAAAGAUCAAACCUUUCUCAACUACUUUUACAAUGAACUAUUUCAUCUUUAAGCUACCAAACUCUAUUAAAGUACUACUUAUCAUCUGUAAAUAGAUGGCUAAACAAAAAGUUAAUAACUAAUAUCUCAAAACUUAUUUACAAUAUUGCACCUUUAAAAAUUCCACUAUGUGGUCAAGAUAGAUUUAGUUGACAGAAUAUUAAUACAAUAUGAAUUAUCAUAGUUCACUCAAGUUCACCCCUUUUCACAUUGUCUACAGUCCCAACCCACUUACUUUUAUUCAUUUCGAACAACAACAAAUAGUCAUAACUAUCAUCGAUGAACAAUUGUAAGAGUGAAAUUAUAUCUUGCUACAACUUCACCAUCUACUUCAAUCCCAAAAUAAAAUGAAACUUUAGCACAAUAAGUAUUUUCAUAAGUUAUCUUUUAGUGUCGAAAGUAUAAUUUAUCUACGACUCCAAUCAUAUCAUCUACAAACACUCGUCUAUCAAAUGAAUGAGAAAUUAUCCUCACACUAUUUUGGUCCUUAUAAGGUGGUUGCUUAUAUUGGCCAAAUCUAUUAUCAACUAAAACUUCUUACAUUUGUCAAGAUUCAACUAAUAUAUCAUGUAUCUCUAUUAAAAUCAGUUAUUAAUUUACACAACCCUCUUCAAUCACUCUCUUCUAUCCUUGACAAGAACCUCAUAUAGAAUGUCAAACUAUAAACUAUCUUACAAUUCCGUUCUUCAAUUAGCAAUCUAGAGGUGUUGGUCUCAUGGAAAAAUUUACUAGCCUUCAAGUUUACUUAGAAGUCUCUUGUCCGUUUCCAAGGUAAGUUCUCUGAUUGAAAUCUUGGGAGUAAGAUUUCUCUCAAAGAUAAGGCUAUUUGGUAGACUUUUGGAGGUCCUUCAUGUCAUUUUAGCUACUUCACUCAAGUGUUUAGUCAAGAGAAUAUGGGACACGUUAUGCCAAAAUAUGGGUAACCAUUCAUAGUAUCACUUAUAUAAGAAAAGAAUGGAAAUAAGAAGAGGGGGAGGUUCAUUGUCUCUAGUCGAAAGCCACUGAGUGCUUCAUGCAAGUUUGGUCUCUAGCAUGUUUCUUCUUCUUCUUCUCUCUCUCUCUCUCUCUCGCUCUCACUCACUCACUCACUGUAGAAUCAUUAUUCACCUUUUUCUUGUCAUUAUUCACAAGUCAUACUGUGUUAUAAAGUUCCACAAGUUAUCGUGAUCCUUUUGUCUUUCUCUUCUCAUCGUCCCCCCAUUUUGUGAUGAAUGAACAACAAGAGUUGUCACAAGUCAUUAGCAGCCACUAUUGAGCUAAUAUUCAAUCAUUAUUUAUUUUCAAUACAGCUCUAUCCUCUCAAUAUAUUAUUUGAUAUUUCAUUCUCUCUUGCUCAAGGUUAGUUAUUCUUCUUCAAUAUUAUAUCACUUGACUUUUCGAAUAAUUAUCUUCCCCUCUUAGUCAAGGGAGGUCAAAAGAGAGUCAAUGGAACUUAGGUUCCUAUCAAAUUCUAGAAAAGUAACUCUAUCCUCUCAUAUAGUGGAAGGUCAAAAUAAACAAAGAGUUAGCCUUCCCACUUGCCUUACUCUCAUCCUACGCAUAAUGCCACACACCACUAUGUACAUUUUUCUAAAAUAAAUUUCUAAUCCACAUAAUCUACAUAAUAUUUAUGUUCAUCAACUAGGUUCAUUAGAUAUAUGGAAAGUAGGGCUUGUAUGAAAGUUAUGUGAGAAGUACUUCUAACCUUUGAAACCUUCUACUUUCAUUUACAUUAUGAAAAUUUUGUUAACAUAAACUUUCACAAAACCUAAAAAUAGUCCCAAAAUACAAACUUUGGGCUUGAAAAAUUAAGCCCACACCCACAAGAUUCCUAGAAAGAGAGAGAUGUAGGCAGAGGUAGAGAUAGAUGGGGUUUGUGAUUUUCUAAGGCACCCCAAGAUGUGGAGUGGCACCACCAAACUCUUCAUCUUCUUAUUAACCUUUAUUGGGUCAGGCCUAAUCAGCCUAUUAAAAAACCCAAAGUAUAUACUUACAAAGUAUAUUGUGAAUUGUAAAAGAUUAACUAGAGACUAACCUCUUAUAUGCCCAACAACACUAGCACAUACUAGUAAUAGAGAAGUUGGCUACUAUGCACAAAAUUCAUGUUGGAUCCUAAGCAUUCCAAGCCCCAAUAGACCUAGAUAUGACCAAAAUGGAUAUUCAAGGACCCUAAUAACACCACUACUAAGGGUGGUGUUGGUCCCUAAUUUAUUAGUCGUCAAAAUUAAAUCCUUAAUUUUAAUUUAUAAUUUUAAACAUACAUAUAUAUAUAUUCAUUUUAUAUUUUCUAUUUAUUCACUAAAGGUAGUCUAAUUCAUAAGUCAAAGGAGAUUAGAGACAUGUGAAAUUUUAGUUUUAUAAUUGGGACAAAAUCUUUUGACCUACACUUACUUUCAAAGUCACAACUUUAAUUUUAUUAUUUUAUUCCCUAUAAUACAUCUUAUUUUCUUGACCCUUCAUAAAACCAAAAGCUCACAAGCCUAUAAUAACAACCCCCCUAGAACCCUAGAAUAUAAUUUGCCUUGGUAAAUAAUGUUUUAAACACAUUCCAUAUGCCCUAACAUUCAACAAGAUUCAACCACAACAAGAAGAUUAUCAACUUUAGCAUCACCUAUAAACCAAAAUGAAAAUAUUUUGACUUUGUUGAAGGACCAAGAUGAGGAAAGUAGAAGAUGAAGAAGAAGCCAUCUAAGAUUGAUCUUUCCACAAACAAGACUCUAUCAGGUUGGCCACAACCUAGAACUCUUGGGACAGUGGAAGGAGAAGAAAGAAAAUCAAGAGGUAACCGUCACCUCGCUAAAGUCAACCCGUUUUUUAACGGCUCUCAGCCCACUAGUGCACGAGGGUCUCUUUUCUUUCUUUUCUGAGUUGGAAAACACGAGAGCGAAAGAGGGAGAGAGAGAAUCGUUGGAUUCAGUUUGGUAGGCCCUACCCAAACUACCCGUAGAGCUAGGCUCUCUCUCUCUCUCUCUUUAUCGGGUUUCUCCAAUUCGACCUAAAAAGGCCCAAUUUUUAACCAUGAAAAAAUGAGGGCCUGAACUUGGGAUGGCGCAUGGGACAGCGUUGACGUGCAUUGAAUACUAUCAAACAAAACUCUGGUCCGUUUGGCCUCACGGGAAGCCUCUGAGUAGCGUUUCCUUUCUCAACAUGCACUAGGUAGUACCAGUAAUGACGGCAGUAAGUAGCUUUAUAAGUAAGCUGCUGAAUUUAAAUAGAAAAGGAUCAGGGGGAGCAACGACGAUGCACCCUCACCGGCACCGCCAGCAACACACCAUCUGUACAUACACCAGGAGCAGCCCACCGCCGUGUGACGGCAGUGGUGGUGGCUGUGCGAGGAGGGGAGGAGUUACUGGCACUGCCGGGGGGUGAAAUUGGAGGGAGAGAGGAGGGAGCAGAAGAUGGUGGCGUUGCUGACUGUGAGAAAGGUGGUGGCAGCAGAGAAGGAAUUGGGUUGCUGGUGGCGGUGGCGGUGGCAUUGGGAAGUUACUGGCACUGGCGGGGGCGGAAAUUGGUGGGGGAGAGGAGGGAGGAGAAGAGGCGGUCAAGGCGGAGGGCACCGGGGCCUGGCCGGAGGAGGGUGGCAUUGCCAACAGCAAGGCAGGCUUCGGCGGCGGCGGCGGCGGAGGAGGAAUUGGGGUCAGCGGCGGUGGUGACAGCACACCAGCCACCGGGUGUGGGGGAGCCGGGUGGGCGGAAGAGGAGCUCAGCAUCAAUGCGAUCAAGGACGGGGUCAGAGUGGGGGAACUUGCGGGCAAAAGGGGCGUUGCUGGAAGCCAUUCGGGGGAGGUCAGCGAUGGUGAGGUAGUGAGGGUGCUGCUUAGGGGGAUUGUCCCAGGUGAUGAAGUGGAGGUCGCUGUUCACGGUGGUGUUGCGGAAUUCCUCGGCGUUGCAGAUGACGGUGUGGAAGUAGCCCUCCGGGGAGGAGAUGAAGUUGGCGUAGUACAUGAGCACCGCCCGGGGAAGGUUCUCCCACCCCCACACGCAGUACUCCACGAAAGCGCGGGACAGAGCCAUCCACGCCGAACCUGGAAGAAAACCAGAGGAAGAACCCAGACGGUUGGAUCAGGCAGACAAGCAAGAUAGAGAAAAUGGCUGAGGGACUUGGGGGUGGGGGACUUGGGGGUGGGUUUGUUUCUGUGUUGGCCUGUAACGGGAGUGGAGAGGGUCGAUUGAUUAGACAGACGAGCUAGAGAGAGAGAAUGCCGAGGAGGGUGGGAAGAGGGGGGCCUUGGGGGUGGGUUUAUUUCUGGGUUGGCCUGUUGCAGGACUGGAGAGGGUCGAUUGAUUAGACGGGCAAGCUAGAGAGAGAAAAUGGCGAGGGUCGAGGGGGAGGCACUUGGGUUUGCCUCUUGGUGGCCUAAGUAUGACAUCUAGACAGGGAGGGAUGUCUGCGGUUCUGGGGCUUCUGGGAGAAAAAAGGACCCGUCGCAGGAGUGGGAAGGGAGGAUAUGGUGACGGAGAAGAGGAAAUUGAAUAUGACACCAAAUGAAUCUGACCGAGGAAUAAGAAAUCAGACAUGAUUAGCAUGAAAACAACACAUAAAGAUAAUGCACAAGUGAUGGUUUCAACAGAUGCCCUAAGUAUGUUUUUAUAUCGCUCACUAUUCUACAACUAUUCUACAGUUUUGAGUUCAAAACUGGAGAACCAGGACAUGAUUUGCUAAAUAUGGGUGGAGGAUUUGUGUUCUUCCAUGCACUUGCUCUUCCUUCUAUUCUUUUUAUUCCUAAAAUCAGCCAUUCCAUUCUUUUACGUGAACUGGAUCUUUUCUUCCGGAUAUGAAUCAGAAGGGAUUGAUUACGACCUAAAUGGGUUGACUAAUCCUGCCUCACAUGCCUGACAACAGCCCCUAAUAGCUAUACAAGCCAUGGAGAAGGCUUUGUAAGCUAUGCGAGAUUUACUGCAGAAACAACCUAAUGGGCAGUAUCAUUUUCUAUAUAUUUUUUUGUCAGAGUCCUUAAAGCAUCAUGACGACAAACACACGAUCAUCUAGAAAGAAGUUGCAUGAGCACAUUUUUAACCAAUGACGGUGUUUAUAAACCACGCUAACACCGGAAUUUUACUAAGUUCACGAAGAUGGGAGGGGGAUGCAGCCAUGGUGGGCAACUCCCCUGAGGAAGAAAUGAUUUCAAACCUUUUUAACUAGUUUGACAACUAAAGACUUCUUACUUCUGGUCAAAACCUAAAUUAAGGUCAGAUAAAAAAAUGUGUUUUCUAAUGGAGAAAUUACAGAGACAGAUGGAGAAGUAUGGCACAAUGGCUCCUAUCGAAGUUGUCAUGGAGUGCCAUAUUUUGUUGCUGCACCUAUUACGGUGCCAUUGCACCGUAUUUAAUAAUUCCAUCUCAGUAACAAAAUGCAGCCUUGUUCCACAAUACAGGACAGCACAAUCUAAGAGAGAAAAUCCAGAUCCUGGCUACUUAACCAUGGUAAAAAAAAACUUCCAUGUGUCUCUAGAAUAUAAGGAAAGAACGGUAACAAGUAGCUUACCUAAAAUAGAAAUGAUUCUAGUAAAAAGGCUGAUAGACCUAACCUUAUGCAACCCAAUAUAUUAAAUUAUGAAUGGCUCAUUGCUUGCCGACAAAUAAAGGGAUGAGAAAGAGGACGCCAUGUACCAUUUGAUAGAGGCGAUUGAAGGUUUUUGAUUUAAAAAAAAAUGCAAAUGAUGAUUACGAUCCAAGUUAAUGAAGAGAAUCGAAGGCCACAGUGUGUGUUCGAGAUAUGUUUCAUCAUUCAUGUAAGAUUAAGAAAUUGGGUCCAUCAAGAUUGCAACAGUGGGAUUCCAGUUUAUAUCAGGCCAUUGAAUAAAACUCCAAUAGAUCCAUUAUAAAUAGGGGAAAAUGGUAAGAUGAAGGUCAGUUAACGGAGAGAAGUCACAAAGAUGCCCUGGAAGGAGAAAGAGUUGUGGUGCUAA